GACGGUAGAAAGUAAACGUCAAGCAAAAUUUACUACGCUUACAUUUUGUGAUGGUUGGCUUUUAAGAUUUUGCUUGAAGCCGGCAAGCACUUUAAUAUUAUACUAAACAUUCUUGCAAUUGUUAUUUCAUUGGCAAUCGGAAUCUAGCGAGUUAAACGUCGAAGAGUUGGAUAAUUUCUCAAUCAUUAGAGCUGCAGUGUCGCAUUUUUGUCUUUUAAAAACAACAUCGACGAAUAGAGAAGUAAUCGUCUAGUGGAUUAUGGAAAUCAGUCGGAAUGAGAGCGGCGGUCAAAUGGAUACAGUGGACGACAGUAUGACUUCAUCAAUUAUUUCGAAGCGCCUCAGUUUUGAUCUCCUGAAUGCUUCGUUUGAGCUGAAUCGGAAGAAGCGUAAGCUAUAUGAUGUGAACGAUAUCUCGCGGGAUGGAAACCGGGGUCCCAUAGAGGACGACAACAUAAGUCAUGAAUCGAUUAAUACAACUCAGGGUUCGAUUUUGACGCCCAUGAGUCCCUGGGAAUCACGAAGGAUGAAGGCGGACCUAAUCGAGGCUCGGUCUAGGAUUACCAUGCUUAAGAAAGAGAUCGAACAUCAGAACACGGAGAAGGCUACGCUGAAUCUUAAAAAUCAACAUAAAAUAUCUACCCUCGAAAAAGAAUUAAACCAUAAUGUGAAAAAAGUUACAGAUUUGGAGAAGCAUCUGUCGGUCGUACGUAAACGAGAACAAGCAGCAAAAGAAGAGUUGGUUAAAACCAGAAAUGAAUUGAACAUUUUAAAGCAGUCCUCGGAUGAUCAAACCUACGAAUUGAAACGUUCCCUCAAAGAAUUGGAGCAAAAGUAUAACUACGAAACCGGUCAACUUCAAUCGGAAGCGAGCGAUUUGAACAGUCAAAUAAUAGAAAUAGAAGAUCAGCUCUCAAUGGCUCAGGAAGAGCUGGAGAAUUACAAGGAACUGAAUGAGACCCUACAAGACAAGGCUAACUCAUACGAUGCCACUAAGAAAGAGUUGGAAGAAGUUAAGGAUAGACUUUCGGAGGCCGAAUCAAAAAUCAAGGCACUCGAAUACGAAAUUGGAAGCCAUGAGGAUUGGAAGAAUCUAUCCAAACUGUCCACAUCCCGGCUGGCAAAUUACGCAGAAUUAGAGAAAGAAACUUCUCGGCUGAAAGAAGAAUCAAAAAAUCUUCACUCGAUUAUUGGAAACAAAAUGCUUCUCGAGGAAGAGGUCGCUAGUUUAAAAACGCGUCUGGAAAAUUUCGAGAAGAAUGAAAUCGACGGAAUCGCUCUCAGUGUUCAAAUCAAAGAGUUGGAGAAGGAACUGGCCGAUUGGCGUAAGCUGGCUAUUGACUUUUGUCCUAAAAACUCCGUAUGCUCUCCCGUCGUCGUUCGUUCGCUCAUUUCACAGAUAUUGCAGAAAGAUCUGUUCCUGACCAGUGAGAAGUCGUCGGUGAAGAACGAAAAAGAUCAGAUUCAGUCCAUAAUCGAUGAAACCAAGGCUAUGAAUGAACAACUGCAGAAACAGCUCGAUGAUCAUAAGCGAUCGCUCAAACAUCAUCAGUCGAUACUGCAUCGAGUGCAGAAGAAGCUCAAUCUGGUGGUGGGGGAAAGGGACUGCUGGAAACAGUUACUGGACAGCUAUGAGAAGGAUUUGACGAUCAAUCAAUCUACCGGGAACAUGAACAACCAGGAGACGCAGAUGCGUAUGAGGAUGGAUAUGCUGGAAAAGCAGUUGAACGGAUAUCGCGAACUGAACACCAAAAUGGAAAGUGAGCUUCAGGCAGCGAAAGCGAUGCCCGAUAUAUGUAUGGACUCUGCCCUGACCAGUGAGCAGUACGAGAAACUACGUCGCGAAAUUGACUCGCUCCAGUUGGAGAAUGAGAAGCUCAAAAAGAGAAAGUACGACCUCGAGCUGGAGCUGGAGAACUAUACUUUGCGGGCAGUAAACAAUCGGGAUCGGGUUAAGGUUGUGCAACUCACUGACAGUCCCGCCAACGAGGCGUAUGAGGCGCACAAGAACGAAAUCGAGAAGCUGCAGGCGGAGAUUGAACGGCUAAGACUGCGUAACCGUAAGCUGGAAGAGGGCAACGAAGAGCUCACAAUGCGGCUGAACGAAAGCAAUAUGACGAUGAAUGUGAUGGAGGCGAACACACUGAAGGCACAAAUUCAAUCGUUGGAGGCGAAAAACCAGCACAUCAAGGAUGUCUACAAAUCGGCGAGCAAUGAGUUCCGGGAGGUAUGCUAUAUGCUGUUUGGUUACAGAGUGGAUAGAGUUGGAAACACGAACUAUCGGAUCUCCAGCAUGUAUGCUGAAAGCGAGGAGGAGUAUUUGAACUUCCGCCUAAAUGAGACCGGUUCGGUUUUGAAUAUGCUCGAGACAGAGUACAGUGCUUCGAUUUCCGAUAUGGUCACGCAACACUUGGGAACGCAUGGAUCUCUACCAGCGUUUCUCAGUAACCUGACGUUGGAUUUAUUCAAUCGAACAACAUUGAUGGUGCAGCAGUAUUCGGAUAGCGUAUAUCCACCAACUACGUUCGCAAGUGCAACCACAUAUCAUGGAUGAAUCAGCAGAGUGGUUUUUAAAACGUCAUUUGAAUUUGUGAUUCCGAGUGCCGGAAGUUAUUUUAGACAUGAAAAAAUGAGAAAAAUUACAAGCCUUU